AUGUCUUCCUCAUCAAGUGAUGAAGUUGAUGAAGCUUUAGAAGAAAUGGUAGACCAAGUAGUUGAUAAUUUCAUCGACUCAGUGAUUCAUGCUCAUCCUAACAAGCCGACGAGAAGAGCUUAUGUCGAAAGACAUCGGGAACAAGGACACAAUCAACUAUGGAACGAUUAUUUCAGGGAAAAUCCUACAUACCCACCGGAAAUGUUUAGGAGGCAUUUUCGAAUGAAUAAGCCAUUGUUCCUUCGCAUUGCCGAACGUAUAACUAAUGAAGUUCCAUACUUUCAGCAAAGACGAAAUGCUUGCGGAAGGAACGGGCUAUCUGCACUUCAAAAGUGUACGGCAGCCAUACGUAUGCUGGUAUAUGGUCAAUCGGGAGAUACAUAUGACGAAUAUCUCCGACUUGGUGACAGUACAUCACGUUUAUGUUUAGAAAACUUCACUAAUGCAAUAAUUCAUUUGUUUGGAGAUGAGUAUCUACGAAGCCCUACACCUGAAGAUCUUCAACGAUUACUCGAUGUCGGAGAGGUACGCGGGUUUCCAGGGAUGAUAGGCAGCAUUGAUUGUAUGCAUUGGGAGUGGAAAAACUGCCCAACAGCUUGGAAAUUUUUUGAUGACAUCUUACAAGGUCGAACACCUAAAGUUAAGUUCAAGGUCAACAACCACACUUAUCAUAUGGCCUACUACCUUACGAACGAAUUUUAUCCGAAUUGGGCAACAUUUAUCCAAUCCAUCCCACUUCCUCAAGGUCCUAAAGCUGAGCUAUUUGCUGAACGUCAAGAAUCCACCAGAAAAGAUGUCGAACGGGCUUUUGGAGUAUUGCAAUCGAGGUUUGCAAUUGUUAAAAACCCAGCUCUACUAUGGGACAAGGAAAAGAUAGGAAAGAUUAUGAGAACUUGUAUCAUAUUGCACAAUAUGAUAGUAGAGAACGAACGACACGGAUACGCUCAAAUUGAUACAUCUGAGUUCGAGUCAGGAGAGUCAAGCAGAAGUUCGAGGGUGCAACGGAGAGAAAGUAUUCAUGUCGGUGAUAUGUUAGGCAUUCGCAGAGAAGUUCGAGAUAAAGAGAAGCAUGAUCGUUUGAAAGCUGAUUUAAUGGAAAAUAUAUGGCAAAAGUUUGGUAAUGAAGAUUAA